GAAACAACGGAUGCUGCGGUGGCCGUUGCGGCAACUGUUGCUGUAAUGGCUGCGGUGAUUGUUGCCAGGGCAACAAGUGCUGUCAAUGUGGAAACUGUCGAUGCGCCAAAUGCGGUAAGAGGAAACGUUGCCUUAAAAAGUACAUCUACCAUCUGGAGUGGGUGGACUACUGCGACUGCGAAGACUUCGAGGAGUGCUGCAGUGGAGCGACAGACAACUGUUACGGCUGUGGGCAGAACUACAACUGCUGUGCCAACCGAUGCUGCUGUUAGCUCGCUAUCUUAG